AUGGGAAUUGGUUGUAAAGCAGCUGUUUAUUCUUACUCUAAUUGUAGUACAAGCUAUUUAUUUGAUUCAUGUUGCCAUUCUUAAAGUAAUUUCAAAAACCAUAUUUUGUUCCAGAAUUAUUAUCUAUUAUCACAUUGCACCAUUCAGAUAUUAAAUUUUGCCACUUAUUCUAUAAAUGCAUAUACAUUUAUAUGGGCAUUAAAUAGAAGCUUUUCAGAUCAUAUUGCAAAGUAUUUGAUUUUAUUUGAUAUUUUUUCUAUUGUAAAUUUAUUAAUAAAGAUUGCAAUCAAGCUUCCUGUUAAUAAUGUUGCGACAGUCUUUUUAAGUUCAUAAUGUUUGUGUUUCAGCAGUGCACCACCAAUUUCUUUAGCAUGCUAUGAAUUUUGUUUAUUUCUUAAUACAACAUUCUUAAUCGCUUAUUAAAGUGCUAAACUUCUUUGA